AUGGACCAGGCCGACGAAAAUGCUCCUGAAUCAAUGCAUGAACGGUACGAUGAGGAGCGAGCGCGGCGCCGUCAAGCGCAGGAUCGACGAAUCCAAGAGCUCCGCCAGCCGUGGCGCAGAGCGGUGCAAAGUGGCGUAGCAGCCACCCCUCCACCCGCCGUGAUUAUCUUUCCAAGGCUUCAACUUCGUAUAACGAUCAAGGACACAUCGAGGAUCAACAAGAAGGUUGUUCGGACCCGACGCAAGCCAGUGAAGCAGCUGAUCCGUCACAGGAGACUUCUACGGAAGAGGGGGGGUUAUGACGCAGCACAGGCGCCUAAGAGGAGCAAGGGCGAGCCUGAAAGUGACGAGGCGGAUGGCAAGGACUUGGCGUCGGCGGAGGGGUCAAGCCUGGGUUCCGGUUUUGCAACGGACGAGUCGGAGGAGAAGGAAGAGGUGGGACACCGCAGGACGCCACCAUUGGAAGUCGACGAAGCGAGCAGUUCGCCGUCUGAGUUUGUGCCGUCAAAUGAGGAGCUGAGUAAGAUGUGGACGCGCUUCACUAGCAAAGUAAACAUUGCGUAUGUGCUGGUGCAAUAUGUGGCAAUGCCACACAAUUAUUUUUCUGGGACUUCCAUAAAAUGCAUUUGUGAGAUUGACGUGAGAUUUUGGAUUGUUGGACGAAUGCCGACCGAAAGUACAGGUUUAUGUGGCUACACCAUCAUCUACUACACUUAG